CAAAUCCACGACGCCAUCGAUGCCGCGUAAUGCGAAGUCGCAAAUCAUCACUCUCUCGCUUUAAAUAAGGCACUCGUAUUUCAGUUUCUCUCUAUUUGUGGUUGCCGAGACGAUACGAUCCAUGGAUUCCUUCUGGAACCAGUUGCUUUCCGAUUCAUCUAAUCACGAUGAACAAAAACUACAAGUAUGGAAUCAGGGAUCUUUAAUGUACCCGCAAAAUCAUCCCGGAGUAAGCAGUGGGGUUACCCUAAACCAGACUAAUGGAAGCACAGUCCACGCAUCUCAAUCUCCAAACACUUCUGGUGCCAGAGCUUUGAGAAAAAGCCAGUCUAAUUUAUCUGCAACUGAUCGAAAUGAAAGGAAAAGGCUAACUGAUCAGGCAUAUCGCGAAAGAGUAAAGAAUAACAAAGUGCAAAUGCAAUUGAAUUUGGGGAACCUUGCUAGAGAAAAUGAUUUUUUAAAAGAAGAGAAUCAGUCAUUGAAAGAGGAUAAUGCUUCCAUGAAUCAAACCUUGACAAAGCAAGUAGCAAUGAUUGAUCAGUUGCGGAGUGAUCUUUUGCGGCUGAAGCGCGACCAUGACAAACAAAAUGUUCUUUUGGAAACACUUGCACAGCAUCUUGCUGAUCCGUUACGUCUCGAAAAUGAGACACUAAAGGCCGAAAAUGCUUCACUAAGGAAGAGUGUGAAUCUUAACAAUGGUGUACCGCGGCUAUUGGAGGAGAACGCGAAGUUGAAACUUGAAAAUAAGGUACUCAGGGUUCAGAAUGAUGCUUUAUGUGGGAAGAUUAUUAGUGACAAUGACAAGAAAGAAGCAAGAAUCAUAAGCUGAAAUGCUGUUCAGCAAGUUUUGUUUCUUUU